AUGGCAUCUCAUGCUAUUGAGAAAGCGCCACACACAACAGAAGCAGAAGACAACCCAGUCAUCAAGAAAGAAACCCCACGUGGCUCCGAACCACGCCGCCAGAAAUGGUACGAAUGGUUUGCACCGACUGAUACACCCGCCGAGCGAAAGCUGGUCCUCAAGCUCGAUGGGUUGAUCAUUGUCUUCGUCUUCCUGGCUUAUUGGGCUAAGGUCCUUGAUUCGUCCGCAACGAGUACCGCCUAUGUGAGCGGAAUGAAGGAGGAUUUGAGGCUAUAUGGGAAUCAGCUGAAUUACCUACAGACGGUAUACAUGGUUGGAUUUAUUACUAUGCAGAUUCCUUUGACGCUGGUGAUGACCCGCUGCCCAGUCAACUAUUUCCUCCCAGCAGCUGAUCUAUUAUGGGGCGUUUUCACUCUGGCACAAUACAAAGCCAGCAACGUCACUCAACUCUACGCCUUGCGCUUCUUCGUGGGAGCACUUGGCGGCUUCUUCUUCCCAGCCGUGCAAUGGUACCUAGGAAGCUGGUACAAACGCUCAGAACUAUCGCGUCGAGGCGCCAUCUUCUUCAUUGCCAGCCAAGUUGGCAGCAUGAGUUCCGGAUAUAUCCAAGCAGGCGCCUAUGCCAGACUAGAUGGUCGAUAUGGGAUUGAAGGAUGGAGAUGGCUAUACAUCAUCUGCUUCGCCUGCACAAUCCCGAUUGCAUUCCUCGGCCUUUGUCUCCUGCCCAGCACACCAGAUAAAUGCACCUCCAGAUUCCUGAGCGCAGACGAGAUCCGUCUUGCACAAGAGCGCAUGGCAUCUGAAAACCGCGAGGCUCGCCAACCGUUUACCAAAUCGAAGGUCAUUCAGAUCCUCAAAGGCUGGAGGCUGUGGGUCCUAGUCGCGUUUGCGUUUUUCUUUUCUCAGGCCGACGGCGUAUCCUCGAAUAGUGGUCUUUCGCUAUGGCUCAAAGCAGAGGGAUACUCAGUCGAGAAUAUCAACACGAUCACUACGGUCUCGCCGGCUGUUACUAUCGUGGCGUCUGUGAUCUGUGCGGUCUUCUCGGAUAUCUAUGAUGCAAAGGCUAGCUUGAUCGCUACAACAGCUGUGCUAAAUAUCUUCGCUUGCAUCGUUCUUGCGAUCUGGAAUGUCCCCGUUGGCUUGAAAUUCUUUGCGUUUUUCUUGUCUGGGACUGCGGAUGGUAUUGCUGCUAUUAUCUAUGCUUGGGCUAAUGAGAUUUGUGCUCAUAGUGCUGAGGAGCGCGCUAUUGUUAUUAGUGCCAUGAAUACUAUUGGGAAUACUUUUGGGGCUUGGAUUCCGCUUUUUGUCUGGAAGACUGUUGACGCACCUAGGUAUCUCAUUGGGUAUAAUUGGACCAUUGCACUUGAUGUGUGCAUGGUUGUUAUGUUGGUAGUUUUGCAGCAGUUCUGGGCCCGUGAGCAGAAGCGGUCUCGAUCAUAG